AUGAGGCGAGGGGGACGCAGCCGGCGGGGCAGGGACGGGCCAGCCCCGACGUCCUGCGUCCAGGCCCAGUGCUUUGACCCGCUGACCCGCCACUGCGUGGCCUGCUACCUCCUCCACAUGCAGGAGUCCCGGCCGGCGGGGGCCAGCAGCUUGGCGCCGGGGACAGCGCUGCAGCCACAGGAGUCAGUGGGCGCGGGGAUCCCCGAUGGGGCACUACCGCUGCCUGGGCUGCUCUUCGGCGCCCCUGUGCUGCUGGGCCUGGCACUGGCGCUGGCGCUGGUUCUGCUGGCCCUGGUGAGCUGGAAGCGGCGGCGGCGGCGGCCAGGGGUGCCCUCCCCUGAGGCCCGGGAUGGAGACAAGGGAGCUCCAGAGUCCCUGGAUGAUGUCAUUGUCCUCUCCCUGGGGUGCCCGGAUGCCACAGCUCCCAACUCACCCCCACCGGGAGAAGAAGCAGUCAGCGCCCCACCCAGCCACAGCAUCCCUGUGCCGGCCACAGAGCUGGGCUCCACCGAGCUGGUGACCACCAAGACGGCCGGCCCUGAGCAACAGUAGCACCGGGGGGGCCAGAGGUGGCCCCUGCCCUCCCUGUGGGCCAGUGCCAGGCUCCCCUGGAAGUGGAAUUCAGCUCUU